AUGCAAGCAAGAUCGAGGCUGUUGCACCAUUCCGAACAUGGUAUCGUAAGCCACGGCUCGCCAAUGAACCGUCCUUCAUUUCAGUCACAUCCGCUGGUUUCGUCACGCAUAUUGGAGCGAGGGCAUGCCGUCAUCGACGGACUGUCCAGCGACGUUACGCAGCUCUUGUCACGUUUUGACGCACUACGAAGUUUAAGCUCGGUCUACCGCGUCGCUGACUUGUUGAACGCGUCGGAAGCCUUCACUUCAGAUUUGCGUCGGAUCGUCCUCACUGUCCUUCAGCUUGGAUUGCCGCCGUCAUUCUCCAGUACAGCCACUUGGCCCACGGAGCCCUCUGCCUCCGCAAGCGGGCCGAGCGAGGCCAAUAGGCCAAGCAAAGCUGCUUGUCCAAGUCUUGCUGCACCUCAACAUGGCUGCAAAAUAGUUCGGGGCCAACAACAUGUGCAACCGAUGGCCGGACCGCAACCUGGAACUGUGGUGACCGCAACUCAGCAAAUGGGUUUGACCCCAGCAGGCCCGCAACGGUACCUACCGACCAUGCUGUUGAGGGGCAAGUCGCAGGUACAGACAGUCAGUGUCUCUGUGUUGGUGGUGAACAUCUACAUCGGACCGUCUGCUCCCUGUGGCAUGGCCCAGCUGCAUGCCAUUGUUCAGCAAGUCGUUGGAAAACUAACUGGAUAUAGCAUUCCGGCACGGGUCUUCAAGGCGGUCUUCACCUCCGCACGCUUAUACACAGCAGCCGGUCCAGUACACGCCGGUUCACCAGCAACACAACACACCGGUUAUCCACCACAAGUGCUGCCACAACAGGCCGGUCCGUGCCUCCAGGCAAAAUGGUGGUCCGCAGCAUCUCGCCCAGCGCGCUCUAGCGUCGACAAACUGUCAAAGGCCGACAUGCGCGGUAUGCUGAAGAGGCUGCUUCCGUUCUGCCAAUCAGUCCGUGAUGGUGUGAGGUCAGAUUGCACGGCGAGAACCGCGCGAAAGCAGAAGCAGAAACACAAAGAGAAACAGAAGCAACAUGCCGAGGCAGCCUUCGGUCUCGGUGACUUGCAUAUCCUCCAAUAUGACCUCGACGGAAUAUGGAGUCGCUUCAUCAAUGAUCGUGAUAGUGAGGAAUACACAAACAGCUCUAGUGCUUAUUGUGAUAUCUUUGAGCUGGUCCACAGCAUUGUGGAAACAGUCCAGAGUGAAUCGUCCUAUGUGACAAAGAUCUAUGCACUCCUGGCACUGACGCACAUCGGCGAAGAUAUGAUUGAAGGUCAUAGUCCCUGCGAAUGGAAGUGCGGAAGCACUUUGGAGGCUACGGACAAGGACGAGAAGCAAAGGUUGAUCGUGGACGCAUGGGAGGGACGGCUGGAAGGAUUGUGCGAUGUUUCUGCAGAUGUCGCAUGGAUAUGGCAUGCGGACGGGUUUUGA